AUGGGCUCAUCACAGGGCAGUGCCCAGAGCAGUGCCACUUCGCAGGGUGCCGACGAUGGCAUGGCCUCCUGCAACACAGGAGUGCACCACUGCUCCUUUCCUAUGUAUGUGGUCAAGGUGUCGGACUUUCUGGACAUGGAGGGUGUUCCUGAACCACACCAGGUAUUGCGGCGGAAGGGUUUACUUCACGAAUGGCAGCCAUCCAUGUUCGUCAUCUUCGUAUCGCACCAGUGGUUGGGCACGGGGUCUCCAGACCCGUCUGGGCAGCAGAUGACGGUGUUGCGGCAUGCUCUACAGUCGUGGAUAGACGGAUCUAUGACGGUGGAAGUAGAUCUGAUGCGCACCUUCGGAGAUCAAAGAAGUUUCACGACGAGCUAUGAGCGCGUGGCUACUGCAUAUCUUUUCCUAGACUGGUUUGCAAUUCCGCAGCUUACCAUAAGAGACGAUGGGGUAAAUGACGAUGCCACAAAGUCAGACACAGCUCGCGCGGUUCAGAGCAUUCCAGCAUAUGUAGAGUCUUGCGACAUGUUCGUGGCGCUCGUCCCCGACCUUGUUCACAGUGAUACCGGGCUGCAAUGCAACUACAGCAGUUGGCUUUCUCGAGGCUGGUGCCGAGCGGAGCUAUGGUGUCGCCUGUUUUCGAACCGAGAGGACACCAGGGUGGUUCUCAUAUUUUCCGACAGAGAGGCACUCUACAUUAUGCCUAUGGACUGGCAAAGAAGCUUGAUCGCGGAUGGCUUGUUCACUGUGGAAAGCGACCGCACUGUGGUCAUGAAGCUUGGGGAGAGGGCGUUGAGAAGCAAGAUCGAGCAGUUGGAUCGAUGGGGGCCCUUGACGGACUACCGCUUCCAUUUGGCGCAGGAGCCCAGAUU